AACGUAAUGGCGCUCAAACUUUUAUCGACGGAGCAUAUAUAAACACGCAGACCCGAAGCUAUACAUUGGAGACGAGGAGUCAGAUCCCCACGCCGUCUUGCAUCCACAUCACGAACUUGAAGAAUAUCCCGCAAUUCAUGCAGCUGUCAGCACUUGUUCUAGGGCUUUUCGUCUUGUUUGCUACCCAAGGCGCGGCACAAUCCGGAGGGUGCAAUUGCACGUCCCCUACCGGCUGCCCCGGAUUAUGCUCUCAGAUCGACGGAAGCUCGUACUGCAAUAACGAUUGUGGCUAUCCCGGAGAAGUCCCUUGUGCAGCCUGCGCAGGACUGCCAGCGCCAGGCCAGAACAGUAACUGCUACUUUGAUAGCACUGGCGUGUGCCACCUGUGGACGUUUUAGUGGUACAAAUGCGGCACUCAGACGGUUUCUUGAUUAAUAACUUUACACUAGCGGAUACUAGUUGAACAACGAUUUCCUUUCGCAGUGCCGCGCCGGUGUGAUCCGAACUUGCGCCACAUACCUUUCAGCUGUCGCAGUCAGCCUCAAAAAUUGGGUCGCGCCGACACGGAUGCUUUGCAAGCCGUUGGGUGUCUUGCAGUCCUUUGGACCACGUCCUGGCUGCGAC